UAAAGCGCAAGAAAAAGGAGGAGGAGGCUGAAAGAGUGGCGAAAAAUAGAAAGGGGGAGAUAGAAGAGAGAGAGAAACACAGACGGUAAGAGAGACAGAGAGAGAGAGAGGGUAAUGGUAUAGAAAGGAUGGCUUUAUUUGAAAGCCUCUCUCCUCUGUAGUAGUUAACAAGAUGGAACAACGUCUACAUCCCUGCAUCGGAUAGCUCCUUGUUUUAUUUUUCCUCCUUCUUUCCCCCCCUUUUUUUUUAACCAAACACCAUUCUGUGAUGACAUGUCUCUCUACAUUUCCCCUCUAUUGACGCCAAACCGUGCACGCAAGGAAACGUUGCACUUUACCAAUGUAUUGGCAGCACUCCUGUGAUAGUCACCAUAGGAAAAUAAUGUUCUACCUGGGCCAUCACUGUAUGCAAAAAUGCUAAUUAGAAAUCACUGUAGAAGCUGUAAUUGUUAACAGUAACUAAUAGAAACUGAAUCGGAAGCGCCGCUUGUGUCUAUAUCUGAAGAAGGUGACUGAGAGGCAAGGCCGAGUGGUGUGGCCGUAGCGAGGAAGGGUCAGCUUCCAUCGUGGUCACACUGCUCCAGCCUAGAACAGUCAUUUGCAUUGGGCUUUCUUUCACUGCUUGUAGCCAGACUGCUGGACCAUUCCAGUCACGUCCACCCAUCCUCUAUCCCCUGGGUGGUGGGACUGCAGUCAGCUACUACUGUACAGGGUACAGAAACCAUAGCCCUUCCCUUUAAUUGUUCCAUCUGAGCCGAUGGCGAUGGCUGAAUAUGGAUGGGGUUUAUCUCACGAGCUGGUCAAGAAAGCUCGACGAGAGCUCCACGAGGUACCUGACCGUCGGCCGGAUCUCAUAGAUGCUGUACGCUCACAGAUACAUACCAGACCGGAUAUCAAUUUUCUAAGGACAGACGAUGUUUUUAUCCUUCGGUUUCUUCGAGCAAGAAAGUUUGAUGUCGUUGAGGCAUUUAGAUUAUAUGGACGUUAUUUUGAAUAUCGGCAAGAAAACAGUAACCUCUUCCGAAAAUUCCAGGCUGCUGAGCCAAGCAUUAAAGAAGCCCUAUUUGAUGGUUUACCUGGAGUACUACCACAUUACGAUCAUUUUGGUCGGAAAAUCUUGGUGCUCUAUUCUGCAAACUGGGACAAUACUCGAUAUGGACUGGCUGCUAUUUAUCGGGCAAUUCUGCUGACUUUGGAAAAACUCAUUGACGAUGAAGAGACUCAGAUAAACGGUUUUAUUAUCAUUGUGGACUGGAGUCAAUUUACAUUUAAACAAUCAACUUGGCUUAAUCCCAAAAUUCUCAAACUGAUGAUUGAAGGAUUACAAGAUUGUUUUCCUGCUCGGUUCGGAGGGAUCCACUUUAUCAAUCAGCCCUGGUACAUCGAAGCCAUCUUCAAGAUGAUCAAACCUUUUCUUAAAGAAAAAAACAGAGACAAAAUCUUCAUGCAUGGAAUCAAUUUAACCACCCUUCACCAACACAUACACAAGGAAGUAUUACCAGCUGAAUUAGGGGGCUUAGAACCCCCUUACAAUAACCAGUACUGGGCUAAACAACUGGUUGGAGAUGAGAACUUCAGUUUUGGGGACAAACAUAUCUAUUGGCCAAAUUAUGGCAAUUUCAACCCUGAGUUUACCCUGUUCAAACUGACCUAUGAUCAAAGCAUUCCAGCCAUGACCAUCCCUGUGUUAUCAUCAGGCAUAGUAUAUCAAAGACUACAUUACUCAAUGUAAUUUGCUUCAUUUUAA